AUGACUAAUACUGAUAAAACAUCAUCAUUAAAAGAACUUCAGGAUCUUUCAAACCAUCAUAAAGUUCAAGAUGAAGAAAAAUUCAAUAAAACCAUGAUAUUAGAUUACUACUCUGGGUAGGGACUUAAUCCAAUAUAAAUGGGAAUUUCCUCUAGAUAUAUUUGCAUUUUAUUUGAGCCAUAAUCUGGAAAAUAAGAGCUACAUAUUCUUCAAAGAUAUACUAAUGCUAUUCUUUAUGAAAGUACCCUCUAAACUAAUGUAUCAACUUUUCACCUCUAUGAUCCAAUAGAUUGUCAUCUUAAGGAAAAUUAUGCUGAGGGAGAUGCUCAUUUGAUUAUGACUCUGCAAAAGAAAGCAGAACAUUCAUCAUAAUAUCUGCAUAUAUUAAAAAUUGGUAAGAAGAAUGUAGUUGAUAGUUUAUCUCAUGAGAUAGCGAUUAAAAAGUUCGAAACAUUCUAAUUUUCAGCUGUAUCUCUUGAUAUGAAAUACUUUGCAAUUUCCAGAUUAUAUUAAGUUCCGAUAGAGGAUGUUGAAGACAAGUCUAUUGAGCACGCUUUAUUUGCCAAUUAAGAUGAUAAAGCUUUGAUAUUUAUUCAUGGAGUUGAAAUCCAGCUUUAUGAUAUUUUGAAAAAAUAAAACCUUUCAACAAUCAAUUUGAAAACUUAUGAAGGCCUUGAAGUUGGCUAUUAUCAAGACAUAGAUUAGUAUUUUAUGAUUGAUAAAAAGCAAUUAAAAGAGUGGAAAAUCUCUAUUAAAUCUGACUAAAUCAAACUUACAGAGACCAAUCCUAUCAUUAAUUUAGACCCAGAUGUAGAUAUUUAGUUUGCUGUGAAUACUAUCCCUUACCAUCAUUCGCUAAAAAAUAUGACAUCUGUCUAUCUGGACAAUAAUAACUCAUGCUUUUGUGUUGAUUAAAAGGCUUUUGAAUUGACAAUUGACAACAUAAAAUAUUCAAGAGCUAUCAUUUUACCAAAACUUAAAGUCUAUUAUGCAAUAAGGAAAAAAUUCCCAUUUGAGUGUAUCAUUUUAGAUUUGAAUAACUUAGAGACUAGCUUUGUGACAACAAUUUAAUCUUUAAACAUUGGCUUAGGGUGUUAUACAUAAAAAGAUCUAUCACAAAUUGUAAUUUCAGACAUUAGCUUUUAAUAAAGUGAUGUUGCCUAGGGUAUAUCAGUUCUCUAAAAUUUGACGAGUUUUUUCUAGGAAUAUUUAUUCAAACUCAAAGUAAAAAAUCUUUAUAUGGUGAAAUGGUUCAGCUUCAAUGGAAAAUUUAUAACUAUUAAGGAUGGAAAAAAUUUCAGAGUUUUCCAUAUUUAGGAGCAAAAAGAAGUAUUGAGUGCACUAGGAAUGAAAAUAAAUUUCUCUGAUGACUAGUAAUCUUUGAUUAUAAAUGUUGGAGGUUAAUUCUACUAAUUCUAUGAAUGGAAUCUUGAUGAAACUAAGUUUGACUUAAAGUAGCCUUUUAUAAGGAAUGUUGUUUCAAGAGUAGAUUUUGUGCCAGGAGAAAGUUCUAAAGUACAUAUGUUGAAACUAGGUCCUCUUUAACUGGAAAAUAAAACUAUUUGGUUAUAUAUAACCUAUAAUAAUAAUAUCCUGAGUUAGAGUUGA